AUUUUUGAGUAGAGGAUUAGGCUUGGGAAAAUAAAGAAAGAUUAUCAUCUAAUUACUUAAAUUAUCCAAUCCAUCUUACCAUAUUAAUUAGCCUAAAGGAAUCUAUCUUCUUAUUUAGUCUAGAUACAAAAUCUUCUUGAAUAUUAUUGCUCUAUACCCUCAACAAACAUCUUUAUAAAUUAUAACCAAUCUGUUACACACACACACACACCAAAAAAAAAAAAAAAAAGAAAUUCAAGAAAGCCAUGGAGGGAUUUGGUCUGCACAUGCUUGUUGGCAGAUGGUUUAUGGUAUUUGCUUCACUUUUAAUCUUGUCUGUAGCAGGUGGCACAUACAUAUUUGGUUUAUAUUCAGAAGAAGUAAAGAUAGCACUAGGUUAUGAUCAAACAACCUUAAACUUGCUUGGGUUUUUCAAAGAUUUAGGUGCAAAUGUUGGAAUUAUAUCUGGUUUAAUCAAUGAAGUAACACCACCAUGGGUUGUUCUUCUUCUUGGUGCAUUUAUGAAUUUUUCUGGGUAUUUUUCUAUAUGGCUUGCUGUUACAGGGAGAUUAAGUAAACCAAAAGUUUGGCAAAUGUGUUUUUGUAUUUUUAUUGGUGCAAAUUCACAAACUUUUGCCAAUACUGGUGUUAUAGUGACUUGUGUUAAGAAUUUCCCACAAAGUAGGGGAAUUGUUAUUGGAUUAUUGAAGGGGUUUGUUGGAUUAAGUGGUGCUAUACUUACACAAUUAUAUCAUGCUUUUUAUGGGAGCAAUGGGAAAUCUUUGAUUUUGCUUAUUGCUUGGCUUCCUGCUGUUGUGUCUUGUGUUUUUCUUAGAGUUAUAAGGACUAUGCAGGUGACUAGGCAAGAAAAUGAGCUCAAAAUUUUUUAUCAGCUUUUGUUUAUGUCACUUGGUUUAGCUGGUUUUCUUAUGGCUAUAAUUAUAGUGCAAAAUAGGAUUCAUUUUACUAGUGUUGGUUAUUGGUCAACUGCUGGUACAAUUCUUGUUUUGUUAUUUGCUCCUAUAAUUCUUGUUGUUAGAGAAGAAUUGAGAUUAUGGGGCACGAAGAAACAAGAUUUGAGUCAGGAUGUUGAGAUUAAAGUUGCUGAAAUUGAGACACCACUUCAGUCAUCAGCAACUGUUGUCCCGAUUAAUGAUCAGAAAGAGCCUGUUUCUUUCUUUCAAAAUGUGUUUAAGCCACCGGAGAGGGGUGAGGACUAUACGAUAUUGCAAGCAGUUCUCAGUAUUGACAUGUUGAUUCUGUUCAUUGCUACGAUAUUUGGAGCAGGGGGGCUUUUGACAGCUAUGGAUAACUUAGGCCAAAUUGGUAAAGCCUUAGGUUAUCCUAAAACAAGUAUCACUACAUUUGUGUCACUUGUGAGUAUAUGGGGUUAUCUCGGGCGAGUUGGUUCUGGAUUUGCCUCUGAGAUUUUCCUGGAGAAGUACAAGUUCCCCCGUCCUUUGAUGCUGACAAUAGUGCUGUUUCUUUCUUGUGCCGGUCAUGUUUUGGUUGCAUUUGGCGUGCCAAAUACUCUGUAUAUUGCUUCUGUGCUAAUGGGGUUAUGUUUUGGUGCUCUAUGGCCAUUGAUAUUCGCUAUCAUAUCUGAAAUCUUUGGCCUUAAGCACUACUCCACAUUGCUCAACUUUGGUGGUGCUGCUAGCCCGAUCGGAGCCUACAUUUUCAAUGUUAAAGUAGCUGGUAAUUUGUAUGACAGAGAAGCUUUAAAGCAAAUGGCAGCUCAUGGGUUCAUUAGGAAGCCCGGUGAAGACUUGCAUUGCACUGGAGUUGAGUGUUAUAAGUUAUCUUUCUUGAUAAUUGCAGCAUCUACUUUUGUCGGGUGCAUUGUUUCAUUGGUUUUAGUAGUCAGAACAUUCAAGUUCUACAAAGGGGAUAUUUACAAGAAAUUUAGAGAACAAGCUAAAGCCUUGGAUGCUGCUGAGUCUCAGUCCAGAACAAAUGGUGACGCUCCAUCAUAGAACAUUCAUAGCUGCAAUUUGCCAAUGCCUUUUGAGUGUGUUAUUCACUCUGAUAUGUGAUUAUAGUUUUGACAUCUUGUGCUUAAUGCUGAUAUCAGUAUAUGUACAAGGGUUUGAAGUGUAUACAAGAUUUACAAGUUGAAUUUUAUGUUGCGCAAUGGAAGAUCUGUUUAACUAAA